UUGUGUUUGACGAACUAGUCUUUCGUUAAUUUUUCAUAUUUUUAUAGAUAAAGCUUUUAAUUUUAUAAAAAAAUAUGUAGUAUUUUUGGUCAGUGGAAAUUUUAAGAAAAGUGUUCUAUAUGUAUAAAUAUAAUUUGAUACCUACGACAAAAUCUCAUGACAAAAGACCUUGCAACACGCAUAGAUCGGACAGUUUUCCAAAUGUUUUGUUUUGAUAGAUAAUGGAUCCAAGAAUGUGCAGAAAAAUCAGUAGUAGUGAAAGUCUUCCAGAUACUGAAAAUGUGGAAUAUGAAGUAUCAAACAUCAUUGCACCGCAAGAGAGUGAGGAGAACUUUUUGAUAGAAGGUAGUCCGGAGCCUAACUCUGUGACUUGGCUGGACGAUGAUCAAAUUGACGAGUUAGAUCUUAAUAUAGACCAAACUAACCUGUUUUUUCAUAGAGUUGAUAGUGCAGAUAUAAUAUACCGAAGUAAAAAGAAAAAAUGUAAAAUGGUAGGGAAAUAUGUCAUGGGGGAUGCGUUAGGAGAAGGUUCCUAUGGCAAAGUGAAGGAAAUGUUGGAUUCGGAAUCUUUGUGUCGGCGUGCUGUGAAAAUAUUGAAGAAAAGAAAGCUGAGGAGAAUACCAAAUGGAGAGCAGAAUGUACAGAGAGAAAUCCAAUUACUCCGUAUACUAAGGCAUAAAAAUGUGAUAGAACUAGUCGAUGUUAUGUAUAAUGAUGAAAAACAAAAAAUGUACCUUGUAAUGGAAUUUUGUGUUGGUGUUCUACAGGAUAUGUUAGAGUCAAGUCCUGGUAAGAAAUUUCCUCAGAAACAAGCGCAUGACUAUUUCACUCAACUGCUGGAUGGGUUGGAAUACCUGCAUGGACAAGGAGUAGUGCAUAAAGAUAUUAAACCAGGAAAUCUUCUAUUGACACUUGAUCAGACAUUGAAAAUCACCGAUUUUGGAGUAGCAGAGGAAUUAAACAUGUUUUCUCCGGAGGAUACAUGUUAUACAGGUCAAGGCUCCCCUGCCUUCCAGCCACCAGAAAUUGCAAAUGGUGCUGAACAAUUCUCAGGGUUUAAAGUUGAUAUAUGGAGCAGUGGAGUUACAUUAUACAAUAUGACAACAGGGCGGUAUCCUUUUGAAGGUGACAAUGUAUAUCGGUUAUUGGAGGCAAUUGGACGUGGAGAGCCGGCUCCACCACCGGAAUCGCUGGGACCUUCUCUUGGGGAUCUACUCACUCAUAUGUUAAAAAGGGACCCCCAAUUGAGGCCAUCUGUCCAGCAAAUUAAGAGGCAUCCUUGGGUACGAGCCCAGCCGCAAUUGCAGGCCGGUGAGCGGCUCGUGAGUCCGCGGUCUCGGCGCUCAGACGAACUCCACAACUCUACUGUUAUACCGUACCUGGUCGAGAAACAUUACGCCUCGGCGCAGGAGUAUUUUACUGAAAGGGAUCUUAGGCACGAGUUGGGCGAUGGUGGUUCCCGAACACUGUCAACUGCCGAGUUAUCAGACGCGGAGUCGUCUCGUCGAAAACACCGGUGGCAUUCUUCUUGCGGACGCCUCCCAUCUUGCCGCCUCACGUGAUCUCCAGAAUGAUACUAUACAAAGAGCCACCAUGCUCUUUACCCCGGCGCCAGACAUAGUUUCGAAGUUUUGAACACUUUUGAAGACCUUUCAUAAAAUAAUUGAACACAAAUCGUCAAAUAAUAAAAAAGUGCUUGCUACGCUUGUUCUGUAUGUUACGGAAAUAAAGCAUACUAUGCCUACAUUUACGCAUUCACUUGUCAAUAUAUUGAUGUAUGUACAGAAACCGACAUGAAAUGGCAAAGAUAAAAUAUUGCUCAAAAAUUUAUUAAAUUAGCCAUUUUUAAUUUAUUGGCGUAUUUGAAGCUAUGUCUGUCAACGGCUUUAGACAAAUCUUAUAUACUUCAAAACACGUACCUAAUCUCAGCGUUAGUAAACUAAAAUGACCAUUAUUUUUUUAUGAAUAGAAUAUAAAAGAGAAUAAAUAUUAUAAUACAAAACUUUUAAGGCUUUCGAGGUUCUUAAUCCACUUAGUAUACAUAGUUAAAGGGUUCUUACCAUGAUUAAUAUAGUGAUGAAAAUUAACCAUACCAGUAUUUUGGCAGUUAUGUUAAUAUCGUGGCUCGCUAUAUUCACGUGUCGCAAUAUUAUAAUGCUUAUAAAACAUAAUAU